AUGACUUUCAGUAAUUACUUGUACAGCGAGAGAUUCAGAUCGCCCAGAGGUAUAUUCGAUGCGAAUUUACUUUGCUCUCCCAACGCGUGGACCAACGAUCUUGGCUUUUGUCAUCCCCCACCAACGACGACACUACUACCGCAGGCAUCGGUCUCCUUCCCCGCAUUUCCUCCUCCGGCCAACACGAACGGCGUUGGAAAUCGUAAAAACAGCAAUCCCGACAAUUGUGGAGUCGCCAGCUUAAUGGAUGACGACCCCGCUUACCUAUGGCGUUUGAGAAUCUAUCCCAACGGUUCAACCAAGAAACACAAUAACCAUUUGUCACUCUACCUCGAGGCAAUUCAAUCGUUAUAUGAAAAGCAAAAUUAUAUAAUGAAACGUAGUGUACAAUUUAAAUUUUCUAUAUGGCGUCUGAUCAAACGUUCGCAUUCCAACACAGCAAAUUCCAUAAAUACCACCACAUCCUCAUCUGCCCCCCCAAUAACGAACAAUAAAUUUUAUGGUUUUUCGACUUUUUCCAGAAACAAUAGCCAUCCGUUAUGUCAUGAUUCAUCAAAGGAAUUUCCGGAACUGGUUCGUGAAAGUCCACUGCAGAAAUGGGACUUUGAAUUCCAUGGUGCCAAUUCCACCUUUGGUUUCCCCACUUUGGGAACGUUCUGUGAAUUGUUUCCUGAUGUAGAUUUGAGUUACGAUGAACUUGACCUGGUUGUGAGAGUUCAUAUAUAUAAUAACAAUUCAAUGCUCUUGCCUUUUGUGGAACUAUGCAAUGAAUUCCUUUCCACCGGAUCCUCCUCAUAUAUAGAUUCUCCGGCUACCGCUUCUUUCGAAAAUUUUUUUAAUAACGAAGCAUAUUAUGAUGUUGCGUUUACCUUUGAGGAGAAAGAGGAUAACGAGUUCGUUGGUGGUAGAUGUAUCGAUGAAAUGGUAAAAAGUGAAAAGUGCGUUGGUGAAUUGAACCAUGUAAAAUCGACCACCGAUAACAAAAAAAUAAGAAAAGGACGUACGAUCAAAGCGCACAGAGUAAUCCUGGUCCAACGUUCUGAAUAUUUCGCGAAAUUCUUGAGCGGUAUCUGGAAGGAUGGGAGUUUAAAAAUAAUUCCCAUACAACACGUUCCAUUUGAAACAUUCCGCGUCAUUCUUUAUUUUCUAUACACUUUUAAACUCGAAGAUGGUUUGGAUUUUGAUACGCUCAAGGACGUUUACGUAAAUGCUGAUAUGAUGAGACUGGAGCAACUCGCUCAAUUGGUAGCUGAUAGAAUCAUCCUUUUGGUAGAUCGUAAUAAUUGGGAUCAAGUAUUGGAAAUCGGUUGGAAAUCCAAUUGUCUAUCUAGCAAAGCACAAUUAAAGACCGCCGCCUAUGAUUUUAUUUAUAGAAACUGGUUGACCAUUAGGGAUAGUGACCAACUAAUCCUCCUGAUAAGAUCAGCCAGCAUAGAUUGUAUAGAGGAAUUGAUGGAGGCAAAAAUGUUUGGUCCUCUUAAAUAA